ACUGUCUUCCCACAGCUCCUGGAGGCCAAGAGAGCUGCUGAGGGUGAUGGUGGGAACGGGAGUGUGGAUGGUGAUGCCACACAGCAGAACCCCUUUGCAGGGCUGUUGAGCCACCUGUGGGCAUCCUGGCUCUCUGUGAAGGCUUGGCCCAUGGAAUACAUGGCCCAGCUGGAGUUCUUGGAUAACAAGAAGCAGCAGAUCCUGGAGGCCACUACCUUUGACUUGGGCAAGGCACCCUUUGAAGCCAAAUUAUCUGAGAUCCUCCUGUGCAAGAAUGAGCUCCAUGAGACCCUGAACAACCUGUCCCACUGGAUGAAGGACAAGGACAGGACUCUGCUGGACUCUGCCUUCAUCCACAAGGACCCCUAUGGGGUGGUGCUCAUCAUAGCGCCCUGGAAUUGCCCCAUCCAACUCUUCCUGGUACCUGUCAUCGGGGCCAUCGCUGCUGAGGACUGUGUCAUUGUCAAAGCCUCUGAGGUGUCCAAGAAGACAGAAAGACUCGUGGCAGAAGUGCUGCCCAGCUACCUGGACAAGGACUGCCUUGCUGUGGCGACUGGUGGUGUGCCAGAGACCACCAGGCUGCUGGAGAACCAGUCUGACUACAUCUUAUUCACAGGCAGCCCCCCGGUGGGGCGGAUCGUGAUGACAGCUGCUGCCAAGCACCUGACACCGGUGACGCUGGAGCUGGGGGGCAAGAACCCCUGCUAUGUGUCCGACACCUGUGAUGUGACCAACGUGGCGCGGCGCGUGGCCUGGGGCCGCUUCUUCAACGCGGGGCAGACCUGCAUCGCGCCCGACUACCUGCUCUGCACCAUAGAGAUGCAGGAGAAGCUGCUCCCGGCCCUGCCUAAGGCCAUCAAUGAUUUCUGUGGCCCCAACCCCCGAGAAUCCCCGGAUUUUGGCCGCAUUGUGGGGGACAGGCAGUUCCAGCGGGUGCAGAGACUGUUGGGAAGUGGGCGUGUGGCCAUCGGGGGACAGACGGAUGAGGCAGAGCGCUACAUCGCUCUCACUGUGCUGGCAGAUGUGCUGCCCUCAGAUCCCAUCACACAGGAGGACAUCUUUGGGCCCAUCCUGCCCAUCAUCAUCAUUGCCAACAUGGAUGAAGCCAUUGACUUCAUCAACAGCCGGGAGCAGCCCUUGGCUGUCUAUGCCUUCUCCUCGGAUGACAAGGUGGUGAACCAGGUCCUGGAACGGACGAGCAGUGGUGGCUUCUGUGGCGACGACACCCUGAUGCAUGUGACACUGCCCUCACUGCCCUUUGGAGGCUUUGGGAACAGCGGCUGGGGAAUGCACCACAGGAAGUCCAGCUCUGACACCUUCUCCUACCACCGUGGGUGCCUGAAGCGUGGGAUGGGCUGGGAGUCCCUCAACACCCUGUGCCACCCCCCAUACAGCCAGCAGAAAUCUGGGGUCAUCCGGGCCACUUCCAAGGUGACACGUAAGAAUUACUGUACCCUGCUCUGA